GUCAGGACGUCAUCAAAGGUCCUUUAGCCCACCACGGUUUAGCCUCUGUCUCCGGAACCAUCAUGCUUGUUCCAAUAUUUACCCUGAAGUUGAAUCACAAAAUCAACCCUCGCAUGGUGACCGUGGGAAAAUAUGAUGGAACGCACCCAUGUUUGACUGCAGCCACGCAAGCUGGAAAGGUCUUUAUACAUAACCCCCAUACUCGUAGCCAACGUUUUUCUUCAAACCGCCUCGUGCAGAGCCUACAAGACUCGGAUAUCUCUCUGCUAAACAUCAACCAAAGUGUCAGCUGUCUGGGGGCUGGGGUCCUGGACCCCCAACUGGGCUGUGACUCGCUGAUCGUGGGAACCCAAACCAACCUCUUGGCCUAUGAUGUGCAUAACAACUCGGACCUGUUUUUUAAAGAGGUUGCGGAUGGAGCCAAUGCAGUCGUCCUUGGAUCCUUGGGAGAUAUCUCUUGCCCCCUUGCAAUUAUUGGUGGAAACUGCGCCUUGCAAGGAUUUGACUGUGGAGGGAACGACAUGUUUUGGACGGUUACGGGGGACAAUGUGCGCUCCCUGGCGUUGUGUGAUUUUGAUGGAGAUGGGAAAAAAGAGCUUCUUGUUGGAUCUGAAGACUUUGAUAUACGAGUGUUCAAAGAAGAUGAGAUUGUUGCUGAAAUGACAGAGACUGAGACGAUCACAGCAAUAUGUCCCAUGUAUUCCAGUCGAUUUGGUUACGCACUGUCUAAUGGCACGGUCGGGGUGUAUGAACGAAUGUCGCGGUACUGGAGGAUAAAGUCUAAAAACCUUGCGAUGAGCAUACACGCCUUCGACCUUAACUCUGAUGGGGUUUGUGAGUUGAUCACAGGGUGGUCCAACGGGAAGGUGGACGCCCGCAGCGACCGCACAGGAGAGGUGAUCUUCAAGGAUAAUUUCUCAUCAUCCAUAGCUGGAGUGGUAGAAGGCGAUUACCGCAUGGAUGGAAAAACCCAACUUAUCUGCUGCUCUAUAGAUGGAGAAGUCAGAGGCUACCUCCCUUCUAGUCAGGAGACUGCCGGGAGUCUCAUGGAUACAAGCGUGGAGCAGGAACUUGUCCGAGAGCUCAGUCAGAAGAAGCAGAACUUAUUGCUGGAACUGAAGAACUAUCAGGAGAAUUCAAAGCAGGCAGAAAUACGGCUUCAAGUCAGCGAGCCUGAUGGGCAGAUGGGAGUGAUUCCAGCCAACACACAGCUACAGACUGCUCUAUCUGUCAACCUGGGCACAGAGACCCAAUCUGCGCAUGUGGAGCUCAGCAUUUCUACAUCAAACGAUACAAUUAUACGUGCAGUACUAAUCUUUGCUGAAGGAAUAUUUGAGGGUGAGAGCCAUGUUGUACACCCUAGUGCCCAACAUCUCACUGGUCGGAUUCGGGUUCCCAUCUGCCCUCCUAAAGAUGUUCCUGUGGAUCUGCACAUAAAAGCUUUUGUGGGUUAUAAAAGCAGUAUCCAGUUCCAUGUCUUUGAACUGACGAGGCAGCUUCCUCGCUUUUCGAUGUAUGUGCUUAGUAACCCCGCCACAGCUCCAGAGCCGUCCAGCCAUGUCACCUUCACGAUCAAUGAGCGGGUCCAGAGGGUGGUUCUUUGGUUGAACCAGAACUUCCUCUUACCAGAAGACACAGAGGUGCAGAGCGCUCCAUUUCAGAUUUGCUUUACCUCACUCCGUGAUUCAGGAACCCUCCUCCUGAACAUGAAGCCCAGUGGAGAGAUCACAUUGCGAACAGAUGACAUUGACCUGGCUGGAGAUAUAAUUCAGUCCAUGGCCACCUUUCUGGCUAUAGAAGACCUCCCCGUAGAAGCCAAUUUCCCCAAAUACUACGAUCAGCUCCGGAAUGUGCUUGUGCAGGUAGAUGACUCUCAUUCCGUCCAUCAGAAACUAACUGCAGACAUGGCAGACCAGUCUAACCUCAUCCGCAGCAUGCUAGUGCAGGCCGAGGAUUCCCGCCUGAUGAGAGACGUGAAGAACAUGAAAAAGCGUUACACAGAACUUUAUGACCUCAACAAAGACCUGAUCAAUCGCUACAAGAUCCGUUGUAACAACCACACAGAACUCCUGAAAAAUCUCAAGUGCGUAAACCAGGCUAUCCAGCGAGCAGGACGAUUACGAGUUGGCAAACCCAAAGCCCAGGUGAUCACAGCGUGCCGGGACGCCAUCCGGAGCAAUAACAUCAAUGCCUUGUUCAGAAUCAUGCGUGUGGGUGCAACCUCAUCCUAAUCGAGGCCUUCAGGAAUCAGACUUGGGAAAAAAAAAGGAUUGUGAGCGGGAGAGGUUUAUUUACGAGCUCUUAAUGCUGACAUCAGAAGUCUGACCGAAGGAUUAGAGGAUUAUUUGGGUGUAACUGUCUCCCUUCAGUCAGUGUGUGUAGACUGGAAAGCGUCAGAGGAUCCUGCAGAAAGGGACGCUCCUUUCCUAAUUGUUUUUUUUUGUUUAAUACAGUAAUAGGCUUUUAUAUUAAAGGAACACGAGCACGCUGUGUUCUACCUGGUGCAGGGCCUAAUGGACAUGAUGUAUGUUUAGUGGUCUUUGAAUCCCUAUCAGGCAUUGGUCUUUCAGGCCCUGCACUAGGCAUAACUCAAUCCGUUUUGCCUGUUUCUGACAUAGACAAUCAUUCAUCAGGGUCAUACAGAGCUUUACACGUGCGGAUAUAUUUAUUUUUUGAAUAUUUAUAGCUUUUUUUUAUAGUCCUAUUGUCCAUUAAAGGUUAGUCUUUGCAGA